AUAGAGUUAAGUCUAGGUUUGCUUUACUGGAGAAAAACAGUCGCAAAUCAUUUGAAAUUGAGAAAUUAGGAUAAAAAUGUACAUGAUUAAGCUCUUUCUUUUUAUUGUUCCUCUAGUUAUUUCCUCCAGAAUUGACCAAGACAAAUCAUCAUUUGAUUCUAUAUCACCAGAGCCAAAAUCAAGAUUUGCUAUGUUAGAUGAUGUAAAAAUUUUAGCCAAUGGCCUCCUUCAAUUGGGACAUGGUCUUAAAGACUUUGUCCAUAAGACUAAGGGCCAAAUUAAUGACAUCUUUCAAAAACUCAACAUAUUUGAUCAGUCUUUUUAUGAUCUAUCACUGCAAACCAACGAAAUCAAAGAAGAAGAAAAGGAACUGAGAAGAGCUACAUCCAAACUACAAGUCAAAAAUGAAGAAGUGAAGAAUAUGUCACUUGAACUCAAUUCCAAACUUGAAAACCUCCUAGAGGAAAAAAUUCUACUUCAACAAAAAGUGAGGUAUUUGGAAGAACAAUUAACUUUAAUUCAAAAUCAACCUGAAAUUCAGGAACAUCCAGAAGUAACUUCACUUAAAACUUUUGUAGAACAGCAAGAUAAUAGCAUCAAAGACCUUCUCCAGACCGUGGAAGAACAAUAUAGGCAAUUAACCCAACAGCACAGUCAAAUAAAAGAAAUAGAAAAUCAGCUCAAAAGAACCGGUAUUCAAGAACCCACAGAAAAUUCUCUUUCUUCCAAGCCAAGGGCACCAAGAACUACUCCCUCUCUUCAGGUGAAUGAAACAAAAAACGUAGAACAUGAUGGUAGCUCAUGGACAUUAAUUCAACACCGAAUAGAUGGGUCACAAAACUUCAAUGAAACUUGGGAGAAGUACAGAUAUGGUUUUGGAAGGCUUGACGGAGAAUUUUGGCUAGGCCUAGAGAAGAUAUACUCCAUAGUAAAGCAAGCUAAUUACAUCUUACGAAUUGAAUUAGAAGACUGGAAAGACAACAUGUAUUAUAUUGAAUAUUCUUUUCACCUGGGAAAUCAUGAAACUAACUAUACAGUACACCUGGUGAAGAUUACUGGCAACAUCCCCAAUGUACUCCCGGAACACAAAGAUUUGAAAUUUUCUACAUGGGAUCACAAAGCAAAAGAACACUUCAACUGUCCAGAAAGUUAUUCAGGAGGCUGGUGGUGGCAUGAUGUAUGUGGAGAAAACAAUUUAAAUGGUAAAUACAACAAACUAAGAGAAAAAUCUAGGCCAGAGAGGAGAAAAGGAAUAUUCUGGAAGUCUCAAAAUGGAAGGUUAUACUUCAUCAAAUCAACCAAAAUGUUGAUCCGUCCAACAGAUUCAGAAAGUUUUAACUGAACUGAAGCAAAUUAAAAGUGAAUAAUAAAUAUUAAACUCACCCCAAGAUACUGUGGUUUAAUAAUCUAGUAUUAAAUCCUUAAUUGUUUGAUAAAUCGAUUAAAAAGGCAUUAUCAAUAUAAGAGUAAACACAUCAUCACAACACCUCAAAAAACACCAUUUACCUUUGUCAGUCAAAAUUCUUAUGGUAUCAGCCCAGUCACAGCGGUGCAUAGAUGGUGUCAUCAUUUGGGAAGCUGGAAGCCACACGGGAGGCCCGAUUCAGUUACCAGGCCAACCUGAAGAUGCUAGACAUGAUCGUGCAGGCCUCUCUAAUCCCAACUAAUCGGGAGGCUGGCACAGAAAGGUGAUGACACAGUAGCAGGACACUGUCAAAAAUACCUCUCUAUGCCUCCAUCCAUUUCUCACUCUAUACCCUUUUUUUGGCCUCUCUUAUAAAGGAUUUCUUAAAAAACUGUAAAACUGUAAUAUCACUUGGUCAUAUGUUUUGUGAUGUGAGAAUCAAUUUUAGAUGGCAUCAAUCUAAAUUAAAUGGGUUAAUUUUUAAAUGAUUUUUCAAAAUAAAAACACCUACAAAAAAG